AUGGCGGCGGCGUGCAGUCCAGCUGGUCAUGGCGUGCAGCUCCCUCACGUCGCCAUUUUCCCGUUCAUGUCCAGGGGACACACCGUCCCGCUAACCCACCUCGCCCACAUCCUCCGACGCCGUGGCCUCGCCGUCGUCACCUUCUUCACCACCCCGGGCAACGCACCGUUCGUCCGGACAGAGCUGGGUGACGAUGGCGUCGCUGUCAUCGAGCUUCCGUUCCCGAGGCCGCCGGGAGCCGAGUGCGUCGAGGCCCUCGACUCCAUGUCCUCGUUACCGGCGUUCGUCGAGGCGGUGUCGGAGCUCCGGCCGCGGCUGGAGGCCGCGCUCGCCGCCAUGCGGCCCCGCGUCGGCCUCCUCGUCGCCGACGCGCUCCUGUACUGGGCGCAUGACUCCGCCCCCGCGCUCGGCGUCCCGACAGUGGCGUUCUUCGGCGCGAACAUGUUCGCGCAAGUCUUGCGGGAAGUGAUACUGCGAGACAACCCAGCGAGCAUUCUGGCUGACGGCGGCGCCGCGGCGACGUUCCCCGUACCGGAGUUCCCGCGCGUGCAGCUCAAGCUCGCCGACAUGCCGGUCCCGUUCAACGACCCUUCGCCGCCGAGUCUGGCCUUAGAGAUGGACGCCAAGCUAGGCAGGGCCAUCGCCAAAAGCCACGGCCUCAUCGUCAACACCUUCGACGCCAUGGAAGGCCACUACAUCGAGCAUUGGGAUCGUCACCACGUCGGCCACAGGGCGUGGCCCAUCGGGCCUCUAUGCCUGGCUCGGGCGGCGCUCUUGCCGUGCAACGGCGCCGGCGCCGGCGCCAGCAAGCCCCCGUGGAUGCAGUGGCUGGACGAGAAGGCGGAGGCCGACCGGGCCGUUGUGUACGUCGCGCUCGGCACGAUGAUGGCCGUCCCGGAACCGCAGCUCAAGGAGAUCGCCGUGGGGCUGGAUGAAGCCGGCGUUGACUUCCUCUGGGCAGUGCGCCCCAGCGACGCCGACCUCGGCGCCGGCUUCGAGGAGCGCGUGGAUGGCAGAGGCAUGGUGGUGCGGGGGUGGGUGGACCAAUGGCGGAUCCUGCAGCACGGCUGCGUGAAGGGCUUCCUCAGCCACGGCGGGUGGAACUCGGCGGUGGAGAGCAUCAGCGCCGGAGUGCCGCUGGCGGUGUGGCCAAUGGGCGCCGAGCAGCCGCUCAACGCGGUUCUUGCCGCCGACGAGCUGAGCAUCGGGGUCAGGGUGAGGGUGCCGGCCGCGGGGACCGGACACGGGCUGGUCCGGAGCGAGGAGAUCGCUCGCGUGGCGAGGGAACUGAUGAUGAUGGACGGGGACGUGAAGGGCCCCGGUGCCGAGGCGGCGAGGAACGUCGCCGCGCUGGCGGCGAAGGCGCGGGAGGCGGUGUGCGAGGGCGGCUCGUCGUGGAAGACGCUGGAGGAGAUGGUCGCCGCGGUCUGCCUCCCGGCCGACGCCGGUCCAAUUCCAACCAAGUAA